AUGCCAGCCCAGGCUUAUCCGAGACGGAGGGUGUCCUACGCUCUGCCUAUACCGGCCUCGCUCGAGGGGCUGCCCACGUACAGUCUACCUGAGCUGUCAUGGCCUCGCAAUGGCGAUCCGAGGCCAGCAGUAUACGAUACAGAGCUCCAAUCUUUCGUUAGAUUACCCCGGCCUCGUCAAGCUCUUUCCACUGCGUCUCCCUCCAAACCUGAGUUUGGGCUGGGAGGCAGCUUAGGCCCACGCAAAGCGCUUACACCGCCCAGUGAUCAUCCUCGGCACUGUCUUGGCGUUCAUGCGCUCGCGCUAGACUUGUCUACUGUCCUCUCUUCAAGCACAAAGUCAGAUGCCGCAGAAGCCAGACCUGCCGGGCUGCUCUAUUCCGGCGGUCGGGAUGGUCUGAUAGCCAGCUGGGAACUCGGCUUGCCCAUGUGUAAGCGGAAGACGGCAUACGGCCGUUCACGACGGCGUAGCGCGAGAGAUAGUCGCGAUCGGUUUCGCGAGCAAGAUGAGGAUCAGCGGGACGGCGACUCGGACGACAGCGACGCCGGACUACUCGGGAGGUCCGACUCGAGAGGGAGGGGCAUAAUGAGAUCGAAUUAUGAAGUCCCGCCCUCACUGCGCCGGGGUAGCUCUGUCGAGCCAGAUACGGUCGAGUCAGACUCGUUACGCGCCUCGUCUCAAAACGGGAUACCUGACGCCUUGCCAUUUGAACAAUCGUGGCGUAUAGAUCUGUCUCGGUCGUCUCAGAAGCAGCCUGGUCCAGCCAGAUUCAGACAAUGUGUACAAAAUCAUACAGAUUGGAUAAACGACAUAGUCCUGUGCAACUUCAACCGUACAGUCAUCUCUGCCUCGUCAGAUCGCACGAUCCAGGCCUGGUCACCCCACGACCCAGAAUCUGCGAUGCAACCCGCCAUCGUCGGCACGCAUUCUGACUACGUGCGAUGCCUAGCGCAUGCGAGGAUACCCGGCUUCGUUGCCAGUGCAGGCUUUGACCGCAAAGUCAAGCUAUGGGAUAUACAGGAGGGUCGUAAGGAUUCGCUGGGUAAACCAUUUGAUCUACUCAUGUCGGCUUACGCGCUCGCCGUCGAUCCGACAGGCUCGGUCCUGGCAACAGGCUCACCUGUCAAAGUGAUACAAAUUUGGGAUCCGCGGGCAGGAUCGCAGAUUGCGCGCCUUGUCGGUCAUUCAGACAACGUUCGCGCGCUUCUUAUCAGCGACGAUGCGAAGCUGGUUUUGUCAGGUUCAUCCGAUGGCACAAUCAAGCUUUGGUCGCUUGCCAUGCAAAGGCCAAUCUAUACAUUCAACCAUCAUGGCAGCUCGGUCUGGUCUUUGGCUUCGCAGCAUCCCUCUCUAUCCGUGUUCUAUUCUGGCGAUAAGUCAGGCAACAUAUGCAAGGUCGACAAUGUCGGCUGCGCUGAAGAAGACGGAGAUUGCGUGCUCAUCGGGCGCGACGUUGAGACGAGGGGUGGGCGCGAAGAAGUAGCUGGCAUAUGCAGGAUCGUUGUGGCGGACGACAGCUACGUUUGGACUUCGUCUACGCAUGUCAGACCCAGCAUCAAGCGAUGGCGCGAUGGCGAGACUUCGUCUCUUGACCAGGACCGCAGCGCUAGAGGGCAGAACGCAUCUACAGCUCUCUCGACUGACGAGACCCCAAUCCUCGCAGAUCCUGCAUUCCCCAUUCCAGUACGGCGGAACAGACCCCUCUCGCUGAGCUCUAUGCAUGAGCGGCCAUCAGUAAGUUUUGCUCCCAAUGCGCCAAGGCCGAGGAGCGUGCGGACCAUUGAGGAUCGCGCGGACGCGCCAUACGCGAGUCGUAUACCCCUCAAAGCGCCAGACGAUGCCUUCAUAGGUGGUCGAGCGGGCGCCAGUACAGAUCUGCUCGGCUCGUCCUUGCGUGCCAUCCACUCAAACAGUUCGGUAUUGAGUGGCUUUGGACUUCGUGCAAGCAGUCAGCAAGCGGGUUAUGGUCAAUUUGGCUAUCCCCAAAGCCCGCCAACGCUGCCAGAUCAUUCCAGCAACACGCACGAAGAGACUCAUGAUCCUGUCUUUGCACGUGCGUUGCAGGAGUAUCUCAUGCGAGAAUCGGCGGACCAAGCGACGCCCUUACGCGCGCAGCCGGACGAUGUCAUCGCUGGCAAAGAAGGCCUGAUACAGAUCCAGCUACUCAAUGAUCGUCGACACGUCCUCACUGCUAGCACGGUCGGAGACAUCCUAUUAUGGGAUAUCGUAGAACUCUGCUGCGUCGGCCGUAUCAGCAAAGACCAAUCAAUACUCGACGCGCCGCUCAAGGAAGCCAUCGAAUUGGUACGCUCUCGUAUAGAAGGCGAUGGCACAAUCACGAAUUGGUGCACUGUCGAAGUCAAUACCGGAACAGUCCAUGUGCAUCUCGACGAGUCUCGCUGCUUCGAAGCAGAAGUAUACGCGGAUGAGAUGGGUCUGGAAGAGUUUGCACGUGACAAAGAAGAUCAUCGCUUUAACUACGGCCGUCUAGUGCUGCGGAACCUGUUCAUCGCUUUCGUCGAGCACGAAAUCCGCCUGAGAUCCGUCCAAGCAGCUCCCAUCACGCAAACGCCGGCUACACCGAGGUUACAUCGUGGCUCGGUGCCGAUGUUCCUCUCACUCGAUAGUGCCAAGCAGGUCGAUAGAUCCGAGCCGCUUUGCGUACGACGUUUAAUGCAAGACGGAGGUACAGCAUUACAGACGCCUGACGCAGGCGCUGCACUGGCUACACCCGCACCAACGCCUGCCUUACCACCCGCGGGUGUAGCCAGCAUGUCGAGGUCAGGAAGCAACGAUCCGUAUGGCCAGCGACGCCGCUCUGCGAUGGCGGAAGCCCCGAGGGACCGGCAGAUGUCAACUGGUGACUACUUCAACUAUACUACCCACAAAACAGUGCCUGCACCUGUCACGCCGAGCGCGCCGCCCAACCCUGUGACGCCAUCGGAAGCACUCUCUUCUCCAAAGCCCGACGCGUCGCCAUCCACAUUUCGUGGCAGGCUCAAAGUGUUCGGCAAGAGCAAGAAGUCGGUCGAUAUAUCAGAGGCCACGACGCCGACACCGAAUGACAACGGACAGGCAAGAGCGCUCGAGAAGCCAUCGGAGCCAGCUUGGGCAGCACAAAUGAUACCAACCGACCGACAUCAAGUCGAAUUCCUUUCGACGCUAUUCAAGGAAGCCUUCAAUCCUUGUCCAGAAGUGGACGCACCACUGCUCGCUGUUCCUGCGGAUGUUCAAAUUCUCAUAUUUGAAGAGACGUCAGACAUGGAGACAUGGCGCUUGACCUUCAGGCGACCUCAGGGAAAGCUGAGCACUGAGACCGAACUGCUCGAGAUGCUGCUGCCUCCAUGGACGCUCGAUUAUCUCUUGGCAAACCGGCACGUCGUCAAGGAGCCUGUGAAGAUUCCGUUUGUCUUGAUGCCCUACCGUGACGACGAGACAGAGAGUCUGCCAGAAUUGCCAAACGGUAAUGCGCGCUUGAGCGCUAGUCGGGUGCUUCGUGUCCGCAAGAUUCUCAACUACAUCUCCGAGCGUCUGGAGUCGCCCGGUACGAGCGGCACGACGCCGGGCAGUAUUGCAUCGGGCUCCCUAGGAUCGACUCAAUCUAGCCGGGUCGACCUCACGAAAACAUCGCGCACCUCAAGCGAAGCCUCCCGCACCCAAUCAGGUGCAGAAGGAAACGACGGAGUACAAAGCCAGCCGCAUAAUGGUCUUGAGGUGCUUUGCAGCGGCAAGGUCGUCCCUUAUACCGCGACUCUCGGCGCAGUCAGAGCAUUUUUCCAGAAGCAACCUGGCGAUGUCGUGUUGUAUUAUAGAAGGCAGCAAAUUGCAUGA